AUGCACCUUGUCUACAUAGACUCCAGAUCGGAACAAGAAUUCCUGGUGAACACCAUGCAACGGGGCAAUACAUCCUGGAUAGGGUUGUCCAGUUUGGUCUGGCUGGACGGGUCAGGUCUAAGCUAUAGUGACUUCGGACGUGGGGCAUUCGAUGAUGGUGGACAUUGCUUCAGGAUAAAAGAUUCUGAUGGUAGAUGGUAUGAUAGAAGUUGUUCUUUCCCGUAUAGAUUCAUCUGUGAGAAACAGGGAGAGGUCGGACCCGACUGUGGACCAAGUGACCUGAGAUUCUCACACUCCUGCUACGUCUUUCACGAAACAAAGUCCACCUUCUCCUCUGCAAAACUGUCGUGCGAAAGUGUUCCUGGACGGCAUCUCGUCUUCAUAGGUUCUAACGAGGAACAGGAAUUCCUGGAGGCGAACCUUCCAAACGACGGGGAAGGGUAUUGGAUAGGAUUAUCUAGUGUAACCUGGACGGAUGGGUCUGGUCUGACGUACAACAACUUUGGCGGGCCAUACAUUUCCUGCUUCAAUAAUGACGGGGAUAAAUUUCGUCUGGUAGAGGGUUCUCGAGAAUGGCAUGACUGGUGGAAUGACUAUUUCCUUUUCAUUUGUGAGAGGGACUUACCUUGUAGUGGAACCUUGAUGAAUGGAGUAGAGCAAAACGGUUCCUGUUACUUCUUCUCUGACGUUAAAUGGGACUUCUUCCAGGCUGACAAUUUCUGUAAGUACCAUGAGAUGAAUCUGGUGUCGAUUGGAUCACAGGAAGAGCAAGACUUCCUGGUCACUCAUCUUGAUGAUAACGAAGACUAUUGGAUCGGUUUGAAUGGCAUAUCCUGGCUCGAUGGCACAUCUCUUGUCUAUAAUAAAUUUCCAUAUAACGGUUCUGUUUUUGACGACGAAGGUCGCUGCUUCUUUAUGCAUCCAACCGAUCUGCCGUGGUACGACGAGAGCUGUUCGGCUAGCAGCCAUUACGUGUGUGAAAAGGAAAUCGGGGAAACCUCCACUGACGGUGGGCCAGUACAGACUUCUGAUUUGCCAUCCAGCAAAGGCAUCGGUAGAUCAAUGUCCAUCAAACUUGUUGCUGAUGACUCUAUUCUCAAGGAACGUCAUGUGCUUGCUUCACACCGUGUAUCAUCAGUCAGUCGAUGCGCUAGACAAUGCCUUGCUGAAGAGUGUUGUUCCUGCUUCACCUUCAUCGAACAAGAGAGGGCGUGCUUACUUGCUGUUGCUUGCGAGACUGAUGCCGAAUGUAGUGGAAAUGGGUACAUCGUGCACAACGGGUCUUGCUACUUCUUCUCAAACAUCCAAUCAAAUUUUAAGACAUCGAAUCUAUUUUGUAAAGAUCAUGGAAUGCACUUGGUUUCCAUCCAAUCUUCUGACGAGCAGGCGUUUCUUGUCAAAGAGAUCACGAAGAGAAGUACCGAAGAUUACUGGAUAGGUCUAUCAGGGUUCUCAUGGUUAAAUGGUUCUCGUCUGUCGUAUAUUAACUUUCCAGCAAUCAACAAGGCUCUUGAUGACGGCGGAAGGUGCUUCAGGCUAAGAGCCAACAAGAAUAAUUGGCAUGAUGAUACUUGUUCCGAUCAAUUCAAAUUUAUCUGUGAAGUGGAAUGUGAUUGCCCACAUCUCAUGGGGGAGUUGCCAGAUUACAUGUACAUGCAUGACCAGUCCUGUUAUUACUUCUCUCCGCUCGCUGAUGACUUCAACGCUUCAAAAUCAAGAUGUGAAGGCCUUGGAAUGCAUCUCGUGUACAUCGAAUCCGAGGAUGAGGAGCAGUUCUUGGUCUCGAAUCGUGAAAACGGCGCUGACUAUUGGAUAGGAUUGGCCAGGGUGGGCUGGCUAGACAGGUCACAGAUCACCUACAACAAGUUCCAGGAACUUCAGAGCACGUUCGACAGUGGUGGUUCGUGCUUCCGGUUACGACAUCCAGAGUUUGACUGGCACGAAAGUACCUGUGGUUCAACGCAUCCCUACAUUUGUGAAAAGGCGUUCGAUGGGCAAGCCCAUAUGCUAUCCACCUCCUUCAAACUUGUAGCUGACGACGCAACGCUCGACGAUGAAGCCAUUAUAUCAUCCUACUCGGUGCGCUCAGUUUAG